AUGAAUACAAAUGCCUUAUUACUUGAUGUCUUCCAUCAGCGUUGGCUAAACCUCAUCCUUGACUUGGUAGUAACCGCCAUUGCAGUCACUAUCGUGGCUCUUGCUUCUCAGAUCCAUGGGCUGUCCUCUGAUGGCGCUCUCGGAGUCGCCCUUUCCAAUGUCGUCAGCUUCAGUCGGAUCCUCAUGUACUUGAUUCAAGCCUGGACUCAAAUGGAAACGUCGAUGGUUAUUGUUCCAAACGGGGAUUGGUCCACUCAAGGAGCAAUUCGAUUCAAGAACUUGACUAGUGGCUAUGGGCAAGAAGCGGAUAUUAAGAGCGAGACAAAAGUGACUGACUUUGACAGUAGUGCCCAGUCCAGUCCUAUUCUCAAGGACAUCACCUUGAAUAUCGAGCCAGAUUCCAAAGUUGGCGAUCACUCUAAUGAAGAGAUUCUGUCGGCCCUCGCUGAAGGUCGGAUAUUUGGUUUGAUUGAAUCGCGCGGAGGUCUAAGCCCUACUUUAAAUGAAAGCUCACUUUUGAGUGGGCAACAGCAACUCAUCUGUCCUGCCCGGGCCUUGAUCAACCGCUCGCGCACCCUUAUUCUCGGCGAGGCGACUUCCAAUAUCGACAAGGAAACAGAGACCAAGAUGAUGAAAGCCGAUUCAAGACCGAUUUCAAGAAUGCACUAUCCUUGUGGCGGCACAUCGACUACGGAAAAUUCGAGAUUUAGAUUCUGUAUUAGUGUUGGAUGA